ACGCCAUCUAGUGCGCAUAGUUAAGUGACUACGUCAUCGGGAAAUUGUGCGUUGUCGUCAGAAGGUUCUUUCGAAGUCUUCUCUUUGUAAGAAAGAAAAAGUAGAUUGGAUUAUUCUAACGAAGUAUUCUCCACUCAUAGAGAAGCUUUCAAGAUCUGCUGUAUGUCUACCAGCAUUCAAAAUCUAAAUACUUUUGACCCCUUUGCUGAUGCUAACAGGGGUGAUGAACAGGGAGUCCAGGACGGGCUGAUUCACAUCAGAAUUCAGCAACGCAACGGACGGAAGACCCUUACAACAGUUCAAGGAAUUUCUGACGAUUACGACAAGAAAAAAAUUGUUAAAGCAUGUAAGAAGGAGUUUGCCUGCAAUGGCACUGUAGUAGAGCAUCCAGAAUAUGGUGAAGUGAUCCAACUGCAAGGAGACCAGAGAAAUAACAUCUGCCAGUUUUUAACCAAAAUUGGAAUCGCAAAGCCAGAACAGCUUAAAGUUCAUGGUUUCUAAUGCUAAUGAUUUUAACGUUAAAAUUUUUAGAUUGUCUAAUAUUGCAGUACUGUAAAGUCAUUUGGGUCAAAAGGAAAGAAAUAUAAAAUUGUUGAAACGUACAUUUAAUCAAAGAAAUGAGUUUUCAGUAAAAAAAAAAAAAAAAUAUCCUUCUGUUUUUAUAUAAUGUUCUAAUUUUUUGCAAGUGUUUUUGUAAAUUCUGCCGAUAAAAACAUAAUGAUUAGCGUUUCCAGCAGGUGUUUAACUAUAUGUAUCGUGCGGUGUUGCUUUUUCCAUUAAAACUAGAACAAAAUCUAUAAUCUUUUACGUUUUGUAUCGUGUCCUUGAAUGUUUUGUAUAUAUUUUUGGUAUUAUGGAAAAUUAAAAUCAAACAUGCCAAUGAAA